AUGGGGCAGCGGGCGGUGCGGGCGCUGCGGGCCGCCCUGGCCCUGGGGCUGCUGGCGGCGGCGCGGCCCGGCCCGGGACCCGGGCAGCGGCGGCGGGCGGAGCUGUUCCUGGAGAAAUACGGCUACUUCGGCGAGCGGGGGCCGGGCAGGCGCAGCCCCGCCGAGUUCGCCCGGGCGCUGAGGGAGUUCCAGCAGGUGACCCACCUCCCUCCCAGCGGGCUCCUGGAUGCCCCCACGCUGCACCAGAUGUCCCUGCCGCGGUGUGGGACGGGGGACGGGGCACACCGGGCGCCUGCCGCCCCGCGCCGCCGCCGCAGCGCCCAGCACGGCGGGCGGUGGUACAAGCGGCACCUGACCUACCGGGUGGUGAACUGGCCGCCCUACCUGCCGCCGCGCCAGGUGCGCUUGGCCGUGAGCGCCGCCUUCCAGCUCUGGAGCAACGUGUCCUCCCUGGUGUUCUGGGAGGCACGGGACGGCCCUGCUGACAUCCGCCUCACCUUCUUCCAUGGGGACCACAACGAUGGACUCAACAACGCCUUCGACGGGCCAGGAGGUGCCCUGGCUCACGCCUUCUUCCCGCGGCGCGGAGAAGCCCACUUUGACAGCGCCGAGCGCUGGUCCCUGCGCAGCGGCAAAGGGCGCAACCUCUUUGUGGUGGUGGCACACGAGGUGGGGCACACGCUGGGGCUGGAGCACUCCCCUGCCAAGAGCGCCCUGAUGUCUCCCUACUACAAGAAGCUCAGCAAGGAUUUUGUCCUCAGCUGGGAUGAUAUCUUGGCUGUCCAGAACUUGUACGGGAAGCCCUCCAAAGGCUCUGCUGUCCAGCUCCCAGGAAAGGUCUUCACUCACUUCCAGGACUGGAGCACAGACCUUUACAGUGAGGACCAGCAGCAGAGAAGCCUCAGCACCUACUACUGCCACUCAUUCUUCGAUGCCAUAACUGCAGACGCGGAUCACAACCUCUACAUCUUCAAGGGCAGCCACUACUGGCUGGUGCUGGCCAGUGGCAACGCCAGUGACCCGCGGCCCCUGCAGACACGCUGGCCCGGCCUCCCCGCCGGCAUCGACGCCUGCGCCUGGUCCCGGCUCAGCCACAAGUUCUACUUUUUCAAAGGCGGCCGAUGCUGGCGCUACACGGGCUCCACCCUGGAUGCUGGUUUCCCCCAGAAGUGCAGCGCCCGCGGCCUCCCCCGGCACCCUGACACCGCGCUCUACUUCCAGCAGCUCCGGCGCCUGGUCCUCUUCAAAGGACCCAAGUACUUCGUGGUGAGCGAGGAGCCCCUGGGCACGGAGCCCCUGGCCAUGGAGCCCUACUACCCCCGCGGCCUGCGGGACUGGCAGGGCUUGCCCCCCGGCACGGGGGGGGCCCUCACCCACCGCGACGGCUUCAUCUACUUCUUCCGGGAUGAUCAGUACUGGCAGUUCGACCGGGCCAAGCUGCAGGUGGUGGCCACUGGCAAAUGGGCCACCCAGCUGCCCUGGAUGGGCUGCUGGGACGCAAAUGGUGGGCAGGUCAUCUUCUGAGCAGAGCGUGCCGGGACCACCUGCAGGGCUGAACCCCACCUUGCUCGCCACUGCCCCCAUCCAUCUUUAUUUGACUCUGAUUCCUGUCCCAGGACAGUUUAGCAGAGAUUGGCGUGUUGGAGCAAUGCCCUGGCACGUCAGGGAUGCUGCUGGCAUGAGGCAGUCAUCAGCCGUGGUGGGUCUGCCACAGCCACAUGGGCUGGAAGCUUUGGAGGACAAUAUUAAAAAAAAACAAGAAAAGGUAUAAGCCAUGGAGACUGUGCAGCCCCAGUCCUGUUCCUGCUCAGGACAGUGUCAGGCAUUUCCUUCAAGCCGGGACUGGGGUUUGUUGUGCUUGUUUUCCCAGUCAGGCAGGGAGGUGCCUCACAGGGGCUUGGUUUGUGGCUUGGGUCGUUUUAUGAUGUUUCCUGGUUCAAACAAAAAGAAAAGAGGUAUUUGGACAAAAAUAGGGGUCUGUGUUGUGUUCUGUCAUGUGCUCAGAGAUGUUUUUGGGGAGAAAGCAGAGGGAUUUGGUGUAGAAGCGUCUUUGGGGUGAAGGAAGGAGAAGUUACAGUGGAGCUGGUGACCCUGUCACCAAGCAGCUGGAGCGCUGCAGCUUGGCUCUCUGAGGGGUUUGGGAGCCUGGGUGAGUUCUCUGGUGUCUAGUAAGGGUUGUGCUCACCUGGCAGACUUUCUUGUGUGCAGAGAAGGUGUCUGUCCUCUGCUUUGUCUGCAAGAGACGGGAUUAACGUGUUUUUGAGUCCCCUCUGCCACAGGUGGAUGAACAGGGUUGACAAAUUAGCGGGGGAGGUGGGGAUGAGGAGAGGGUGAGCAGGACAGACGGACAUGCCCGUGCAUGUAGGCUCACAAGGACAGCUUGGUUGCAUAUUCCUCAUUCCUUUCCCAAAGGCUCCCCACCUGGAAACGCCGCUGGCUCCUGCGCACCGAGUCACCCUCACGUCCUCAAAGGGCCACUGAUUGUCUCCUGGUUUGAAUUCAGUGGCAGUAAAUGCCAGUAGCUGUUGGUGCUGACCAGGACUGGGCUCAGCUUCCUUAAAACUGCCUUUGGCUUGAGAGAAGGGGGGAUUUUUCCCACCUUGGGGUUGUGCAGGGGUGGGCUGCUGCUCCGCUGGUGGGUCUCCCAGGACUCGGACCCAGCAGUGGGUGCCCUGCUUGGGGCUGGUGGCUUUGGCACGGGGCUGUGGUGGCCCUGCCAUGCCAGGAGCUGCACAGGCAGCUCCAUCUGCUUCCCAGGGUGUCUGAGCGAGUCCUGCAGACACAGGCAGGGUGACUUCAUCUGCUCAUGGCUUAAAAUCUCAGGGGAUUUUCAGCGUUGCCAAAGGGCUGGGGCUGCAUCAUCUUUGUUUUGAAUUGAAUUAUAAUAAGGGAGUCUCCUUCCAGGGAGUCUCAAGGGCUUGGAGACCUGGUGGCAAAUAAAAGGAGCCUCUGGAUGUGCA